GCUCCGCUUCUGGACAGUCCAGUAAGCGUUAGUGUGGAUGCUGUCCCGAUGCCGAUUAGUUGAUAACGCCCUGAUUACAAUAUUUUAAUGAUAUAGGCUGGCAUAAAGGAAACGGUCGCGGAAAAAGUGGUUUUGAAUCAUUCCGGUUACCUGACAACAGGGUACUGAAGAAAUCACAGGAGUUUACUGGAGGGAAAACGCUUUCACCAACGAAAUAAUAGCACUUUAUCAAGGAUACACCUCGUUCUUUCGAAUAUGGAUAUAAUUUAGCAGGGUUUUGACUUGACUUUUCUUUUUACUUCACAAGAGAUUUGGUUGAAAGAGUCGGCCGCUAUAGUUGUUUCUCUUCUAACGGACGUGUGUGCGCUCAGAAGUAGAGACGGAUCAGAUGAAUGUUUAGAAGGAACCCAUCAGAAUGAACACCAAGGCCAAGGGUUUGGGGCGAUCUGUGUCGAGUCCGCUGAACGGUGAGGGUCAGUGGAGUCGAGGGGUCCUUUUGCUGACGUACAUCCUCCUGGAACUGAUCACUGUCCAUUCCUCAACCGUCCUGGGGACCCUAGAGCUCCAGCUAGAUGAGGAACAGCCUGCUGGGACCAUCGUAGGGGACAUUAGUGCUGGGUUACCUCCAGGCGUCACUGCAAGUCUCUAUUUCAUAUCAGACCAUGAGGGCACAGGGGUUGGGAGUGACCUGGAUAUAGAUGAGAGCACGGGCAUCAUCAAGACAGCCAAGGUGCUGGACUGUGAGCUGAGGGACCGCUACAACUUCAUUGCAGUUACAAUGACAGGUGUGACAGUUGAAGUGACCAUCAUAGUAAACGACAUCAAUGACCAUGCUCCCACCUUCUCCCGGAGCAGGGCUGCAUUCAAGAUACCGGAGAUGACUGCGGUGGGAACUAGGUUCCCCCUUGAGCCUGCUGUGGACGAGGACAAGGGCCAGCUGACUACCCAGGGAUACCUCAUCAAAGACGGGAACCUCGGCCAGGCUUUCCUAUUGGAGACCCGGAGAGGAUCCAACCAAGUCCUGUAUCUGGACUUGGUGGUCAACGCUGUUCUAGACACUGAGACCAGAUCUUCCUAUACAUUGACCCUUGAGGCAUUUGAUGGAGGUUCACCGAAGAAGACCGGUCAAAUGGUGGUAGAUGUGACUAUUCAGGACAUAAAUGACAACGCUCCAGUCUUCAACCAGAGUCGCUACCACGCCAUCAUCUCAGAGAAUCUACAGCAGGGUAGCAACAUCCUCCAGGUCUUUGCAUCCGACACCGACCAGGGAGACAAUGGACUGGUUCUGUACGAGAUCAACCGCAGGCAGAGCGACCCUGAAAGCUACUUCAUCAUUGACUCUCAUACAGGCAUUAUUACUCUCAACAAGCCGCUGGAUUUUGAGAUGCGGAGGGUCCACGAGCUUGUGGUACAGGCAAGGGAUAAUGCCACUCAGCCUGAGGUAACCAAUGCCUUUGUCACAAUUCAUGUCCGCGAUUACAAUGACAACCAGCCCACCAUGACUAUCAUCUUCCUUAGCGAAGAUGGCUCCCCACGGAUCUCCGAGGGCGCCCAGCCUGGCCAGUAUGUCGCCCGCAUCUCAGUAACUGACCCGGAUUAUGGAGAGUAUGCCAAUGUUAAUGUCUCCUUAGAAGGAGGAGACGGCAAGUUCGCGUUAACCACCAAGGAUAACAUCAUCUACCUGAUUUGUGUGGACAAGAUCCUAGACAGAGAAGAAAGAGACACAUACGAACUAAGAGUGAUGGCUACAGAUGCAGGCACCCCUCCUCUAAGGGCAGAAUCCUCCUUCACGAUACAAGUCAUUGACGAGAAUGACAAUCCUCCCCUGUUCGACCAGCUGGAAUACAAACAAGUCAUACCCGAAGUGGUGUUCCCAGGGAGCUUUGUGUUGCAGGUCACAGCCAGAGACAAAGACCAGGGGCCUAACGGAGACAUCACAUACAGCCUCCUCUUUGAUGGCCAGGCCGGGAAAGAGGAAAAUCAGGCCCAGUGGUUCACAAUAGACCCAGUAACAGGGAUCAUCACCACGCUCUCCCAACUGGAUUACGAAUUGCACCCCAGGGCGAGUGUUACGGUGGUGGCUACAGAUGGAGGGAGACCUCCCCUGUCCUCCACAGCUCUGGUCCAUGUGGUACUGCAGGAUAUUAAUGACAAUGAACCUGUGUUCGGGAGCAACUUCUACAACGUGUCUAUCAAGGAGAACACACCUGCUGGGACUUGCAUCUUGCAGGUGACAGCGACAGAUGCGGACGGUGGCUCAUUUGGCUCUAUCAGCUACUCUUUGGGCUCAGGCAUCAACAGCGCUGUCCCCUCCCAGUUCUCUAUAGGGAAGGAGACAGGACAGAUCUGUACCAACACGGCUUUGGACAGGGACCAGGGACCAACCAUCUAUGACUUUACUGUCACCGCCGUGGACGGAGGUGGUCUCAACUCUGUGGCCUACGUCCGGGUUGACCUUUUGGACAUCAAUGACAACAGACCUGUGUUCUACCCUGUGAGCUACGCCGUCAGCCUCAGCUCUCAGAGCGCACCUGGCACCUCCGUCGUCAAGGUUACAGCAUUUGAUUCUGACGCAGGGGAGAAUGGGAGGGUGACAUACCGAACUGUCCCUGGGGGCAACUCCCCCUUCUUUACCCUCAACAAAGACACAGGUGUGAUCUCCCUGUCCAGGUCACUGCAUGGCCAGGCCAACACUGUGAUUCCAAUGGUGGUGUCAGCCCGCGAUGGAGGGGGACUGGCAGCGCUGGUCAACGCCCAGGUUAAUAUCAGCGUGGUGGCAGGCCUGGUGGCGCCCCCUGUAUUCAAACACAGUCAGUACAGCUUCACUGUGUCUGAGGAUGCACUUCGAGGGACUGAAGUGGGAGUUGUGCAGGCCACCAGUAAGAACGCCGGCCCUAGUAAGGGUAUCCUUUACACCAUCUCCUCUGGAGACCCUGCUGGCUACUUCACUGUGGACCCAGAGAGCGGAGCCUUGCGGACCAGCCUUCCUCUAGACCAUGAGACCCAGCCCUCUCUGACUCUGGAGCUCCAGGCCCGUAGCGGCAGCCCCCCUGCCUUUGGUCAGACCCGAGUUCACAUCACCAUCCAGGAUGUGAAUGACAACGCUCCUGUCUUCCUGCCGUCCUCUUCUGAGUCCCUCCUCCUCCUGGAACACACUGGGAUGGGGACCGUGGUCUACCGUGUCCAGGCACAGGACCAGGACUCCGGCCUGAACGGACAGAUUACCUUUGACCUUUCCUCCGCCGCCACCUCCGCUGGAGGUCAAAGGACCUUCUCCAUGGAGCGCAGCACGGGGGAGAUCCGGUUGGUGGGAGGCCUUUCGUACGAUGUCACGCCACGCUACGACCUGACGGUGACUGCUAAAGAUGGUGGUGCACCCCAACUGAGCUCCACGAUGAUGCUGGUGGUGCAUGUGCAAGCGGAGAACGACCACGGGCCCGUGUUCGACACGCUGACCUACCACGUGGAGCUGAGGGAAAACACGCCGCUCAGCACACGCUUCCUACAGGUGAGAGCUCUGAGCCGGGACUCCACCAGCCUGGGCUUCCCCUCUCCACUGGCGUACCACCUCAGGCCUGAUGGCGACGCGGCAGGGUUUGGCGUAGCAGCCGACAGCGGCUGGUUGUUUGUGAAGAGCGCCCUGGAUAGAGAGGUGAAAGACAUGUACCUGUUGACCAUCCUGGCCACCACGGGUCAAGGGCAAAUGAAGAAGACGGGCAGUGCCACAGUGAGGGUGUCCGUGACCGACGAGAACGACAACUCGCCCCGUUUGACUCAGGAGAGGGUUUUCCUGGCUGUGAGGGAGAACCUCCCGGCUGGGUCUGGGUUCGGAAGGGUCUUGGCCUCGGAUCGUGACACGGGGCUCAACGGGAGACUGACUUACAGACUGCUACACCCAGACAGACACUUCCAGAUCAACUCACACACAGGUGAGAUCAGUACCCGUGUGGGUCUGGACAGGGAGCAGCAGGGAGGUUAUCAGGUGGUGAUGGUGGUUCAGGACGGAGGUACCCCACCGCGCAGCGCCACGGGGACUGCCUUCAUCACCGUCCUGGAUGAGAACGACAACACUCCUUCCUUCACACACUGCCAGCCUGGCAGAAGACUCACCAUGCAGGUGAUGGAGGGCCAGGUGUCUGGUUUCUUGAUCGGGACAGUACAGGCCAAGGACCCUGACGAGGGGGAAAAUGGAACAAUACACUUCUCCAUGUCAGGUCCCAGAGUGGAACGUUUCUCUCUGAAUCCCACCACAGGGGAACUGCGCUCUUCUUCUCCUUUGAGUCGCUCUGAUAGAGCAGAGUACAGCCUCACUGUGACAGCUACGGACCGGGGACAGCCUUCUCACAGCGCUGCCUGUGUCUUAGACAUACAGGUCCUGAGUGCAAGUAAAGCUCCUUCCAAAGAAAGCUCCCUCUUCCUAUCUUUCAACUCGAUGGAGGAGGCCAAACCGGGCUCUGUGAUUGGCUCUGUGAGGUCUCAUGAUGGUUUCAAGCUCCCCGACGUUGGUCAGGUGACCUACACGGUGGUGAAGUCGGACCGAGAUGGAACAUUCAUGGUGGACCGUCAGACAGGUGAUGUGUACCUGACGAGGGAGCUGGACUAUGAACGUUCAGCCCGCUACACGCUACAGAUAGAGGUGGAUGACUUCUCCACCCCGUUACCCAGCAGCCACCUGGUGCAGCUGGACAUCAAGGUGGAGGACAGCAACGACCACACGCCCCGCUUCCCGCAGGAUCCAGUCACCAUGGUGAUUCCUGAGAACUUGGAGCCUGGGACCUCCUUUUACACUUUCCAGGCAUUAGACCUGGACGGUUCGGGACCCAACAGCCUAUUGACGUACUCCAUCCUGCGCCAGUACCCUGACCUCCCCGACCUCUUGAACCUUGACGCUUCCACUGGCGUCCUGACCCUGGCGCAGGAACUGGACCACGAGGUCACUUCCUCCCUCAUCUUGGUUGUCCAGGCGACAGACUGUGCCCUGAACGCCAGCCAGCGGCGCUGGGGCACGGUAACGGCCAGGGUGUUUGUGACUGAUGAGAAUGACAAUGCUCCGGUGUUUAGCUCACCCUCUGCUGUCAGUGUCAUGGAGGACCAGCCAGUAGGCUUCGUAGUUCUCUACGUCGUGGCUCAAGACGCUGACCAGGGCGAGAACAGACAGGUCAGCUAUCGCAUUGAGACUGGCAACGCUGGAGGGAUGUUCAGCCUCAAUCCUAACACUGGUUCCCUCUCCAUUGUGAAGCCCAUCGACAGGGAGGAGCAAGACCUGUUCAACCUGACCAUCGUAGCGCAGGACCACGGGGUUCCAGCGCUCUCAUCCAGCCAACUGCUGUCUGUCCAGGUCAUCGAUGUGAACGACGAGAGUCCCUGGUUCCAUGAGAACCAGUACCAAGCUCAGAUAACAGAGAACCAACCUGCAGGAACCACUGUUCUGGUGGUGUCGGCUUCAGACCUCGACCAAGGGACCAACGGUCAGGUGACAUAUGGAGGCCUCUCUGAGGAGGGCUUCAGCAUCCACCCAGUCACAGGUGUCAUAACCACCACUAAAACCCUUGACCGAGAAACACAGGGACAAUACUCACUGACAGUGUAUGCCAGGGACGGUGGCAUGCCCCCUAACUUUGCUCGGGCUUCAGUGAGGAUCCAGGUGUUGGAUGAGAACGACAACGCCCCAGUGUUCAGCAGAUUGUACCACAGCCUGGAGGUCCCUGAGAACAUGCAGCCUGUUGAGCUGUUCACCCUCAGAGCUACUGACCUGGAUGCUCUGGACAGCGGAGAUAUUACCUACAAGAUCACAGGAGGUGACCCGUCAGGUGACUUCCGUUUGGACAGGAAGUCGGGUGUUCUCUCCACCUCCUGGCCACUGGACAGGGAGCGCAGGGAUAGGUACAGCCUGACAGUGACAGCCCUCGAUGGGGGAUCUCCACCACUGAGCAGCACGGCCAUAGUGGAGGUAACUCUCCUGGAUGUCAACGACCACAGCCCCAGGUUCACCAGCUCCAGCUACACCACUGAACUGAGUGAGGACCUUCCUAUUGGCUCUCUGGUGCUGCAGGUCACAGCUACCGACCUGGACGAAGGCUCUAACAGCCAGGUGCUGUACUUCCUGACGCGUGGCUCCCAGGGCAUGUUCAUGGUCGACCAGCACACCGGACGUGUCAUCACGGCCGCUCCACUCGACCGCGAACGAACGUCGUCCUACACUUUUGAUAUCUGUGCCACAGACUCCUCCCCAGCUGACCCUCGCAACGCCACCGCCACGGUCUCUGUGCAUGUUCAGGACGUGAAUGACAAUGCGCCGUUCUUCAUCCAGGACCCCCUGAUCAUCAACAUCUCAGCCUCCAGCAUCUCCUCCCACCGCGUCCUGGCUACUAUGCGGGCUGAGGACCGGGACUUUGGGGCCAACGGCUCGGUUUUCUAUCGUUUUGCCAGUCCUGUGCAGGGCUUCACCAUUAACUCUCUCACUGGCGAGAUACAGGCUACAGAGAAGCUGCAGGGUCUGACCCAGGGCCAGAGGACUGUGAUUGUAGAGGCAAUGGACCAGGGCAGCCCAGCCCAAUCCUCUCUAGGGGUGGUGGUCAUCUACAUCAAAGAACAAACCUACAGGGGGAUCCGCUUCUCACGCCAUGCACGAGACGUUAGUCUGCAAGAGAAUGCUGCUAAAGGUACAGCCGUGGUCCAAACUCAGGCCCAGUAUCCUGAUGGAUCCCGUAAUGGGAUCAGUUACAGCAUCUUCAGCGGUAACAUCCUAAACUCCUUUGGAAUCAGCUCUUCCACCGGUGAGAUCUGGGUGCAAAGCUCUCUGGGGCUGGACUAUGAGGAGACCCCAAGACUCCGCCUAGUGGUAAAAGCUGAGACUGCAUCCUCUAGCUCCUUCAUGGCUGUCAACCUGAUCCUGCAAGACAUCAAUGACAACCUGCCACGCUUCCAGCUGCACAACUAUGUAGCCUACAUACGUGAGGCACAGGGAUAUCACUUCCCUAUCAUACAGGUUGUGGCAGAUGACCUGGACCAGGGCCAGAACGGUCAGGUGACCUACAGCCUGAGGUCAUCGUCUCUGAGUGGCUAUUUCAAGAUUGACCCGCUAACAGGAAGCAUCACUACAGCUGCUAUUAUGGACAGAGAGAUCUGGACACAAACCAAGCUGGUUGUUACAGCGACAGACCGGGGCACGCCGCGAUUGGCCGGCUCUGCAACCCUGACAGUGAUCAUUGUGGACCUCAACGAUAACAGUCCUGCAAUACCCAUGCCCCGUGAGAUCACAGUAUCAGAGAACACUCUCGUUGGUUCAGUGAUCACCCAGGUGACAGGAAAUGAUGUGGAUUCAGGGCCGGCCCUUUCCUAUACCCUCCACCUGGACCCGUCGUCCCAGGGCAUGUUUGGGAUCCACCGCUACGGGGGUGGAGUGUCCUUAACUGGACCUCUGGAUUACGAGGAGAGGACCUGGUACACUCUGACCGUCAGAGCAACAGACUCGCAACACCAGACCGAAGCCAACCUCACCAUACUGGUGGAGGACGUUAAUGACAACGCGCCUACAUUCACACAGGACCUUUACCAGGUUACCCUGGCUGAGCAUUCCCCAGCUGGUAGUGUAGUGGUCACAGUGACAGCCACGGACCGUGACUCUGGAGAGAAUGGCCACAUCACCUACAGAGUUACGUCGUCCACCCGGGACAUCUUCUACAUCGACCCCAGCAACGGUACUCUGUUCCUCACCCAGACGGCAGAGUUUGACUCUGAGAACCCUUCUAUCCUGGUGACCAUAGAGGCAAGAGACAUGGGAACACCAGCCCUAUCCACGAUCGCUACUGUUCAGGUUCAGGUGACUGACGUGAAUGACAACACGCCAGUCUUCCACCAAUCCGAGUACAGGGCCACAGUGCCGGAGGACCGCCUCCCGGGUGCCACAAUCUUGACCCUGGAGGCGGCAGACGGUGAUGCGUCGCGAGACAACUGUGGCUUCGACUUUGCCAUCGCUAGCGGCAACACAGGCAACGCCUUCCAGAUUGAGAGCAGCGUGCGCUUUCUGGAGGGACAAGGUUUCCAGACAGUGGGUAGUCUGGUGUUGGCCGGCGAGGGUCUGGACUUUGAGACAGUAUCCAGUUACAACCUCACAGUUGUCGUGUCGGACCGCGGUGUUCCACAAAGGAGCUCAGCUGUCUGCGUGCUGAUUAGUGUAACCGACACUAACGACAACCCUCCAGCAUUCAGCAGGGCAGAAUACAGCGUGGUGCUGAAUGAAGGAGCAGCAGCAGAAACAGAGGUCGUCAGUCUGUCCGCAACAGACCCAGACUCCUCAGCUGCAGGAGAAGUGCAGUACCUGAUAACCUCUGGGGAUGAAACGGGCCUGUUCAAGGUGGACCAGUGGACCGGAGCUCUCACGCUGCAGAGACCGCUAGACAACAAUAGACAGGAAUCCCUUGUGAUCGUCAUGCAGGCGUCAGAUGGUCAGGGUCACUACGCACUGGCUCCAGUCACUGUGGAGGUGAAGGGCAUGAACAAAUACAGACCAUACUUCCCACUGCCUGUCCUCACCGCUAGCAUCAGAGAGAACCAGCCUCACAACUCCCUGGUUACCAUACUGCACGCCAUAGACCAUGACUCUGGAGCCUUUAAACAACUCAGGUACUACAUGCUGGACCAGACCGGACAAGGGAAAGACUCUUUCCUGGUUAACCAGACAUCAGGCGAGGUCCGGACUCGCUCUGCCUUUGACUUUGAGAAAAUAAACGUGUUUAACUUCGUGGCCCUGGCCAUGGACGCUGGGAACUUCUCGGCCACGGUGACCGUCCAGGUGUACGUGACGGGGGAGGAUGAAUAUGACCCAGUAUUCACCGACUCAGAGUUCUCCUUCCUGAUUCCAGAGGGGGCAAAGAAGGGUCAGAGCAUUGGUCAGGUGACGGCCAGAGACGAGGACGAGGGAGUGGAUGGGAUCGUGCUGUACUCCCUGGCUGAACCCUCACCUUACUUCCAAGUCAACGCCUCGACUGGUGUGGUCUCACUGAAGAUGGACAGCCAUGUUAGACACCUGAGCAGGUCCAAGAGGGAGGUCCGUGUGAUGACCCUUGACCUGACGGCCCACAGCCCCCUAGAGAGGUCCCGUGUGGCCACUGCGCGCCUCACAGUCGAUGUGACCCACACCUCUUUCGGAUUGGUAUCAGACAGGAACCUGCUGCUGGUCAGUGUGAUCGCUGUGUCCCUUGGAGCCAUUGUCAUCCUCAUCUUCAUGGCCCUGGCUCUGUUCUGCGUGAGGCAGAGGAGGAAGAGGAUGGAGCAGCAGAGUCGCUGCAGAGCUCAACCCUCUCCCAGCCACGGGACCAUGCUGCACAAAUUAGAGGAGACUAAAGUCACCGGAACCCACCGGAACGACCGCAUCUACCACCAGACCUUGCCAGGGUACACUGCUGACCAGACAGGGAGCAGUGGGGGCGGGCCUUACCCCCGGGGGGGCUCCCUAGACCCCUCCCACUCUAGCGGGCGUGGCUCUGCCGAUGCAGAGGCAGCAGAGGACGACGAAAUCCGGAUGAUCAACGAGUAUCCCCGCGUGUCGUCCAUCUCCUCAUCCAUGCAGGAGCACAUUUCGGCGCGCGGCCCAGACUCCGGCAUCCAGCAGGAUGCCGACCAGCUGUCUGACAUCUCUGGUGAGCCCAACAUGGACGCCAACCACUGGUUCAAGGCCAAGAAGCUGGCAAGUCUCAGCGGGACACUGCUGGCCGGCCAUGUGCCUGUCUAUCGGGAGGAUGGCGGAGGGUAUCUGGGGGUGGGUAGGGGGCUGAACAUCUCCCACCCUAAAGACUAUGCCUUCCCAGAAGAUGGUAAACCCGCUGUGGAUGGCUCCCUCACAGCCAUCGUGGCCAGUGACGAGGAGCUAAGAGGGAGUUAUAACUGGGACUAUCUGCUGAACUGGUGCCCCCAGUUCCAACCGUUGGCCAACGUCUUCACGGAGAUAGCCAGGUUAAAGGAUGAGACGGCCCCUCCAAACCCUCGUAGACCGUUCCAGCAGAAAGCCAAGGUGGACCCCAAACCCCCUCGCAUAGACCCGCCGCCCCUCAUCACCUCCGUAGCCCACCCUGGGGCUAAGACAGUCCCGGUGAAGCCUGCUCCCGUUAAGCCCUCCAUGGGGAGGUCCUCCUUCCCCCACCUGUCCUCCCUACGGAGAUCUCCCAUCAAUCACGAGGGCUCCCUCUCCUCUGUAGCCAUGUCCCCCAGCUUCUCCCCCUCCCUGUCACCCCUAGCUGCCCGCUCCCCCGCCAUCACCCCCUUCGGAGUCACGCAGGGCCCCUCAGCAUCUAUGAUUAGCACCACUGAACACAGCUUGGAGCACAGCGAAGAGGUGGAGAUGAGGAUAUAAACUGUUGAAGCUGAGGAUGUGACCUCUAUAAACUCUAGACUCAGAACACUGAUUCAGACAUGAGAAUCUGCAGACUCAGAAUUGAGAAAAGGACUGUUCCAGACAAACUUUACUGGAGGUAUUGAAUGAACUAAUAAGUACUGACCCUCCAAAGACACAGAGUUUUGUCUCAGUUGACUGAGACUAAUGCUGUACUAUUCUACAUUACCUAGCUCCCAUUCCCCCUUUGUCAAAUGUUGGUGCGACAGAAGUGGUUGGUACAAAAUCAACUAACUGGACUCAAGGAAUUAGAAUGAAAAAUUAGGCCAGAUUUUUUAUUGUAGGUAUAUCAUGAAGACUCCUACAAACCAGUAAAUUUCAUGACCUAAUAUCAAACUAAACUACCCAAGAUUUGCACAUUCUAACGGGGAGCCAUAAUGUCAAUAUUUUGUACAAGAUACCUUUUUCUGUCUAUAUUUUUAUACUGACUUUGGUUUCUGACUAGAAAUGGCAUUAGUUUUGUGCCAGAAGGCUGUUAUAGCCUUUCCAUAUGUGUAUAUUUGUAUCUAUUUGACAGUAUGUUUGAACUGUCCAACGAUUCUGUUAUUUACUUAACCCUUAAUGUGUUCUUGGAACAAAACAAAGCUCUUUAUUUCUGUAUGUGUGAUUGAUUGGGGGUUUACGGUAAUAUCUUGUAAAUAUGUAUAAUAGAGGAGCUAAAAAAGAGCUUGCCUUGCGGGAAGAACAUGAUACCACUUUCAAUACAGUCUACAAUAAAAAAAAUGGAUUCCUCUUGUGCUAAUUCAGUGUGCUAUGGUCGUCUCAACCAGAGCCACGCAUGACCUUGUGGUCAAGGUAGUUGACUACCGUGGGAAUAGGGUGCCAUUUGGUGCUUGGCCGUAGUGGUUAAGUCCAGUAUUAAAGGAUGAGCCUGACAUAUUGUCAUGUCAUCUUGGUCCUCUACACAGCCGUCUCUGUAUUUCUUUCCUCUCCACCAUCUAACAUGUGUGAACUUGACAUCUAAUUUAUAAUGUCCUUCCUUUUUGGUGUCCAUACUAGAUCUCUAGUCACAAUGAGCCUUACAGGUCUAGUUGGUAUUCACUGUAACCACAGACAAGGGCAGAACCACUCAGACAGACAGACAGACAUACAGACAGGGGUGAUCUUUGAGGGCAGCUAAUAUACUAACAAGCUAGCAAUAGGUAAAAUCAUGAUAUGUAAUUACAGUAGGUCAAGUAGGACUAGGAUGUUGAAACCCCAUUUCAUGUCAUUCAGCAGAAAGUUGCAGCUGCCAGUUAAAAAUACAAAUGAACAUAAACAAAUGGCCAGCAUUCCAUGGGAUGGAAGACUGCUGAGUUGUAAACAAAACAGCUGACAUAGGUUUGACUAGAGAGUGUGUGGGUGUAACUGCAUACAGUUUGAGGAUGUGGGCUGUGUGUGUACAUCUGACAGACUUUACCUCACUAAGCUCAUUUCAGUAUUGAUGGGAUUCUUACCAGCAUCUUGGACGCAGAAAGCUCGUUGCAACAUAUAUUUGAAUCACUUCUUUGCAGGGGAUGUUAUGUUGCACAAAGCCAGAUGAAUCUCGGAAAUACUGCUUUUCAAAUCACAUGACGAACUGAAACCAGAACACUCAUCCAAACAUUUUAUGAGUUUUUGUCUCGUCUCCUCUGAGCUACAGUAUUGUAGUUCAACUCCUGGAGUUAGGUAUACCUAGCUACAUACUACUGUCUGAUGAAGAUAACUCGAUGAAAGCUGGUGCUAUUUCUCCACAGUGAUGAUUGACUAAGACAGAGGUUUCCAAACAGUUUUUUGUUUUCACUAAUCAGUUCCUCUCUAAAUUCUAUAAUGGUUGAACUAUCCUUAAAGAACAUGGCAGGUUAAAAUCUUGAACUUCCUAUUUUUCAAUGCAACCCCAAUGGAUAUCAUAUUUGUCCCUUUUACUAGCAGGAAGGCAAGGC